UUGGUGCCGCAGUUUUGGUAUUCGGUCUUUGUGGGGUACGUGAAAAACUAUAAAUGCGACACGAUCCUCAAUUUGUUACACACAUCCUUCUCGCUCCCGCAACAAUCUUAUAAACUAUGACCCAACCAAUCACUUCAUUCACUCAUGAUGCCGCAGAAAUCACUCUCCAGUGGGCUGAUACUUCCUCCGCCUACCACUUGAUUUGGUUGAGAGACCACUGCCACUGCGAGCAAUGCUACCACUCAGUCACCAAGCAGCGUUUAUUAAACAUCAUAGACAUCCCAGAGGACUUAUCUAUCACCAGUGCUUCCUUAGAUAACGCCAAAUCUCUCUCAAUUACCUGGAACGAUGGCCAUAUUUCGGUUUUCCUCGCUGAUUUUCUUUGGUUGCACUCGUACAACCCGAUCCUUGAGACUAGCAAGAUCCCUUCUGCCACGGAACAUGCCACGCUCAAACUCUGGGACGUGAAAGAAAUAUAUGCAGCGCCACCACUGGUUAACUUUAAGGAUGUUAUGGACUCUGAAGCGGGCGUGGAUGACUGGGUAAUCAAAAUCUGGCAGUAUGGCUUCUGUUUUGUGGAAAACACGCCUAUCGACCCUAUAGCCACCGAAAAGCUCAUUUGCAGACUCAACUACAUCCGCCCUACUCACUACGGUGGCUUCUGGGACUUUACCUCCAACUUAGCGGUAAAUGACACUGCCUAUACCACCAUUGCAAUCCCGUCACACACUGAUGGAACUUACUGGACCGAGGCGCCAGGCUUGCAGCUCUUCCAUUUGUUGAAACACGAGGGCCAUGGAGGUGGUACCUCGCUUGUGGAUGCCUUCCAGUGUGCCAAACAGUUCAAGCUUCAGGAACCGUACUUGUACGAGAUGUUGUCUACUGUUCCCCUCACUUGCCACCUGGCGGGCGAGGCGGAUGUCUGUAUCCAGCCAUCCUACGACCAUCCGGUGUUCAUUCAUGACUAUCUGGGUGAGUUGAUCCAAGUUAGAUGGAACCAGUCUGAUAGAUCGACCCUUUCCUCUGCCGCCACCUUUUCCAAGUUGGACCCAAAGGACGUUCCAGUGUUUUACGAGGCCUUGCGCAAGUGGACGGCGUUAAUCAGCAGUCCAGAGAACGAGUGGUUCCUUCAGUUGCAGCCAGGUCAAUGUUUGAUGUUUGAUAACUGGCGCGUUUUGCAUUCCAGAACGGAGUUUACCGGGGAGAGAAGAAUGUGCGGUGCGUACAUCGGCAGAGACGAGUUUCUCAACCGUUUGAAGGCGGUAUAUGUCCGGGAGGAUUUGACCGCAACAUUGUAAGAAAUAGUGAGAGUAAUUUGAG